GCGAUGAACACCUGUGAGCUAUUCCGAGACUCGGUCAUCGACUAUCGCAGCAUUGGCACAAUUGCCUACGACGGUUCAACGGUCUACUUCGACGGGAUCAAGUGCGAUGGUCCUCCUCCGUAG